AUGGGGCCUCCCGCGCCCCAGAACCAGCCAGUGGACCCACAACAGCCCAUAGUCCAGGACCUCGCAUGCCAGUUCACCGAAAACAGCACUAACGACCAAGACUCCAAGGCCAACAACCUGCACAUCUUUGGGAGCAACGAUCCUAAUUCUCUUCUGAAUCCACGCGGCGGCAAGUUCAACGCCCACGCUUGGGCCACAAACCUUGCCAAGACCGCCCAUCAGCGCGGUCAGAGCUUCCGUCGCGUCGGAUUGUGCUUGCAGAACUUGAGUGUGUUUGGUUACGGCACCCCCGCCGACUUCCAGAAGGAUGUCGCCAACAUAUGGCUCGCCUUGCCCGCCAUGGUCCGACGCCUGCUCUCCCCCAAGACAGGCCAUACCCGGAUUGACAUCCUCCGACACUUUGAUGCCAUCAUACACCCCGGCGAGAUGUGCAUUGUCUUGGGUCCGCCAAGCUCAGGCUGUUCAACCUUGCUCAAGACCAUCUCGGGAGACACCAACGGCUUCCACGUCAGCAAGGGCUCCUACUUCAACUACCACGGAAUAUCGGCCGAUGAGAUGCACACGGCCCAUCGGGGUGAUGCCAUAUACACUGCUGAGGUCGACGUACACUUUCCUCAGUUGACCGUGGGCGAGACCUUGACCUUUGCCUCUCGAGCACGCUGUCCAAAGGAGCUACCCCAGACCAUCGACCGCAACCAAUAUUGCGAGCAUCUUCGAGACGUCGUCAUGGCCAUGUACGGAAUCACACACACCAUCAACAGCAAGGUAGGAGACGACUUCACACGAGGGGUUUCGGGAGGAGAAAGAAAACGGGUUACCAUUGCCGAGGCAACGCUGUCCAAUGCACCACUGCAGUGUUGGGACAACGCAACCCGUGGUCUAGACUCGGCGAAUGCGAUCGAGUUUUGCAAGACCCUCAGACUUCAGUCGGACCUGUUUGGCCAGACAUGCGCUGUGUCGAUGUACCAGGCUCCCCAAAACGCCUAUGACCUGUUCGACAAAGCCUUGGUCCUGUACGAAGGACGCCAGAUAUACUUUGGACUUGCCUCCGAGGCCAAGCAGUACUUUAUUGACCUUGGGUUUGAGUGUCCUCCCCGCCAGACGACCCCGGACUUCCUCACGUCCAUGACCUUUCCGGCCGAGCGCAUUCCUCUUCCCGGCCACGUACCCCCGCGAACUGCCGUCGAAUUCGCGGCUGCCUGGGUCAGGAGCCCUCAAUACCAAGCGCUGCAAACUGACAUCGAGGCAUACAAGAUUCAGCAUCCGAUCGGUGGCAGUGAUGCCGAGGAUUUCCGACGGCUCAAACACACGAACCACCAGGCCAAAGGACAGCGCAUCCAAUCCCCCUACACCUUGACGUAUCCCCAACAGGUCAGACUUUGCAUGUGGCGUGGGUGGGCUCGACUCAGGGCAGAUCCUUCGCCGACCAUCGGCGUCAUGUCGGGAAACCUCCUCAUGGCCCUCAUCAUGUCGUCCUUGUUCUACAACAUGGGCCAAGAUACCGCAUCUUUCUAUGGUCGAGCCGUCGUUCUUUUCAUGGCCGUCUUGUUCAACGCGUUUGCCUCUAUUCUUGAGCUCAUGACGCUGUAUGCUCAACGGCCCAUCGUAGAAAAACACGCCCAGUACGCCUUUUACCAUCCGUCAGCCGAGUCAUAUUCCUCCGUCUUGGUCGAUUUUCCCGCCAAAAUAGUUGGCGCCAUUUCCUUCAACUUGGUUUUCUACUUCAUGACCAAUCUCCACCGUGAGCCUGGUGCCUUUUUCUUCUACCUGUUGGUUGUAUUCCUCGUUAUUUUAGCCAUGUCUGGUAUAUUCAGAUUCGUCGGCUCGCUUUCUAGGACUGAGGGGCAGGCUAUGGUUCCGGCCUCGGUUAUGAUGCUUGCCCUGCUCAUCUUCACCGGAUUUGUCGUCCCUGUCGACUACAUGCUGCCUUGGUGUCGGUGGAUCAACUACCUGAACCCUGUGGCAUAUGGAUAUGAGGCAUUGAUGAUCAACGAGUUUCACGGGCGGAAGUUUCUCUGCGCAGCUCAUAUUCCAGACUACGAAAAUGCGAGUUCAAGCAACACAGCCUGUAACGCUGUCGGGGCCGUCCCCGGCCAGCUGGACGUCAGUGGCGACGACUACAUUAAUUCCGCGUACAGUUACUACCACAACCACAAAUGGCGCAACGUCGGUGUCAUCUUCGCCAUGGUGGUUUUUAACCAUGUCGCCUACUUCAUCGCCACCGAAUAUGUUAGGGCCAAAAGAUCCAAAGGAGAGGUUCUCGUCUUUCGCAAAGGCUUUGUUCCCAAGACUGCCACCGAGGGCCGCCACGAUGAUGCCGAGAAGUCGCUUGACGGUCAAUCUGGAGCUGUUCUGGAAAAGCGAGGUCGGGGACACGAACCUACCGGCAAAGAGAGCGGCUUUCAGGGGUCCACGAGUGUCUUCCACUGGAGCAAUGUUUGCUAUGACAUGAAAAUUAAUGGAGAGAAUCGGCGCAUCCUGGACAAUGUUGAUGGCUGGGUAAGGCCCGGCACCCUCACGGCCCUGAUGGGUGUCUCGGGCGCCGGUAAGACUACUCUUCUCGACUGCUUGGCUGAUCGCCGUGCGGGCGUGGGUGUGAUCACUGGUGAGAUGUUAGUCAACGGAAAGAUUCGUGAUGAGAGUUUUCAACGCAAGACAGGCUAUGCUCAGCAGCAGGAUCUUCAUCUCGAGACAAGCACGGUUCGGGAGGCUCUGAAGUUCUCUGCUCUCCUUCGCCAGCCGGGCAACAUUCCCAGGUCAGAAAAACUAGCUUAUGUGGACCAGGUUAUUGAACUCCUGGACAUGCAAGAAUAUGCGGACGCCGUUGUUGGAGUACUGGGAGAAGGUCUCAACAUUGAACAGCGCAAGCGCUUGACCAUUGGUGUUGAGUUGGUUGCUAAGCCGCCGCUUUUGUUGUUCGUUGAUGAACCCACGUCGGGUCUCGACUCUCAAACCAGUUGGGCAGUGUUGGACUUGCUGGAAAAGCUAGCGAAAGCCGGCCAGUCAAUCCUCUGCACCAUACACCAGCCCUCCGCAAUGCUGUUUCAGAGGUUUGAUCGACUCCUUUUGCUCGCCGAAGGUGGAAAGACUGUUUAUUUUGGCGAGAUUGGCGAGAACUCCAACACACUCACGCAUUACUUCCAAGGCAAUGGCGCCGAACCUUGCCCUCCCGGCGGUAACCCGGCUGAGUGGAUGCUCGAGGCUAUCGGCGCGGUCCCGGGCGCCACUUCAGAAGUCGACUGGCAUGAAGUCUGGCGUUCGAGUCCAGAGUUUCAGCGUGUCCAAGGUGAACUGGCACGCCUUCGAAUGCAGGUUACAGAUCAACCAUUCGGAGACAACCGAGACGACCCUUCCUCAUACCACGAAUUCGCGGCGCCGUUGUGGGCGCAGUUUGUCGUCGUGACACAGCGCGUGUUUCAACAGUCCUGGCGAACGCCGUCCUACAUCUACUCCAAACUCGUCCUUUGCGUCGGUAGCGCCCUGUUCAUUGGCCUGGUAUUUCUCAACGCACCUCUGACGAUGCAGGGGCUGCAAAACCAAAUGUUUGCCAUCUUCGAGAUGAUGAGCAUUGUCGGGCAACUGGUCGAACAGCAGAUGCCAAAUUUCAUCAAGCAGCGCUCGUUGUACGAAGUCCGCGAACGCCCUGCCAAGACUUAUAGCUGGAGCGUCUUCAUGGUCUCCCAGAUCAUCUCUGAGAUCCCCUGGAGCACCCUCGCCUCGCUGUUCAUGUGGGCGUUGUUUUACUUCCCCAUUGGACUCUACAGAAACGCCGACGCCGCUGGGCAGGGCACCGAGCGUGGCGCGUUGAUGUGGCUCCUGUUCUGGCAGUUUUUGCUUUGGGUGUCUACCUUUGCGCAUGUGUGCAUUUCCUUCGCUGGCUCGGCCGAGGAUGGUGGGAAUAUCGCCAACUUCUUUUUCGUCCUUGUGUUCUUCUUUUGUGGCGUGUUGGCUCCGCCAGACCAGAUGCCGCGUUUCUGGAUUUUCCUCUACCGCGUCUCGCCCCUGUCGUACUUUGUCUCGGCAAUUUUGUCGACAGGCUUGGCCAACGUCGAGAUCACAUGUGCAAGCAACGAAUUCACCACCGUCACUCCUCCUGAUGGUCAGACUUGUGGCGCAUACAUGUCCGAGUACAUUUACAGGGCUGGAGGCUACCUGCUUGACUCUGAUGCCACCAACAACUGCAGUUACUGCAGAGUCAAGGACACCAAUGUGUUUCUUUCCGCCGUGAGCGCCGACUACAACGACAGGUGGCGGAAUUUUGGGAUCAUGUGGGCGUUCAUCGCGUUCAAUAUUGUGGCGGCGAUAGGGCUGUAUUGGGUGGCUAGGAUGCCAAAGGGAAGGAAGAAGGUGUGA